AUGCAGUUGUCAGCCCUGACGCAGUGCGGAGACGUACUGCAGCUUGCCCACAUGCAGUUGUCAGCCCUGACGCAGUGCGGAGACGUACUGCAGCUUGCCCACAUGCAGUUGUCAGCCCUGACGCAGUGGGGAGACGUACUGCAGCUUGCCCACAUGCAGUUGUCAGCCCUGACGCAGUGGGGAAACGUACUGCAGCUUGCCCACAUUCAGUUGUCAGCCCUGUCGCAGUGGGGAGAAGUACUGCAGCUUGCCCACAUGCAGUUGUCAGCCCUGACGCAGUGGGGAGACGUACUGCAGCUUGCCCACAUGCAGUUGUCAGCCCUGAUGCAGUGGGGAGACGUACUGCAGCUUGCCCACGUGCAGUUGUCGGCCCUGAUGCAGUGGGGAGACGUACUGCAGCUUGCCCACGUGCAGUUGUCGGCCCUGAUGCAGUGGGGAGACGUACUGCAGCUUGCCCACGUGCAGUUGUCAGCCCUGAUGCAGUGGGGAGACGUACUGCAGCUUGCCCACGUGCAGUUGUCAGCCCCGAUGCAGUGGGGAGACGUACUGCAGCUUGCCCACGUGCAGUUGUCAGCCCUGAUGCAGUGGGGAGACGUACUGCAGCUUGCCCACGUGCAGUUGUCAGCCCCGAUGCAGUGGGGAGACGUUCUGCAGCCUUCCCACAUGCAGUUGUCAGCCCUGAUGCACUGGGGAGACGUACUGCAGCUUGCCCACAUGCAGUUGUCAGCCCUGAUGCAGUGGGGAGACGUACUGCAGCUUGCCCACAUGCAGUUGUCAGCCCUGAUGCAGUGGGGAGACGUACUGCAGCUUGCCCACAUGCAGUUGUCAGCCCUGAUGCAGUGGGGAGACGUACUGCAGCUUGCCCACAUGCAGUUGUCAGCCCUGAUGCAGUGGGGAGACGUACUGCAGCUUGCCCAACAGCAGUUGUCAGCCCUGAUGCAGUGGGAGACGUACUGCAGCUUGCCCACAAGCAGUUGUCAGCCCUGA